UGCAUUUCAAAAACCGUUGAACCGAUUGAUCCAAACCGAACCGAGCUGCUUCUUUUGGGUUCGGCAUGAGCCGAUUUCCAUCACAACCGGAAACCCUGAGUGGGUAAUUCUGUUUGCUCGUGGUUGACUCCCUUUCGAAUCUGGGAGUGUAGGCGGCAGAGGAAUACCAGUGCGACAGCGCGUAGUAGUAGUAGUCAGAGAAGAACAGUGGCAGAAUUUUGUGCCACAAAAUAGCGCUGUAGAUUCGGUAUGUGGCUUCGUGGUUUCCAAAGAAUUGGACAUGCGGAUGGAGGUGGAGGUUCUGCUGGCCUUGUUUUCAGCACAUUUGCGAGGUAUUUCUCGAGGAAGCGGGCAGAGAAUCUUAGGAAGAUCAACCCUAAGUUGACUCCUCAGGAAGCUUCUUUAGUUGCUCAAGAUCUCUAUGGUGUCGUCAAGCAGCACGGGCCUCUCUCCAUUUCCAAUGCUUGGAUUAAAGCCCAGGAAUGUGGCGUGAGUGGAUUGAACAGCAAAACACACAUGAAGCUAAUGCUGAAAUGGAUGAGGGGAAGGAAGAUGCUGAAGCUUUUGUGUAACCAAGUUGGUUCCAACAAGAAAUUUCUGCUUUCUACUCUGCCCGAUGAUCCUCAGGCAGAUCAGUUGAAGAGUUCUUCAGAAUUAGGAGUCCAGAGAGAGAAGAGAGUGAAGCCACCAGCAAGGAGAAGAAAGCCAUCUAAAUAGGAUCCUUGCUGAUGUUUGUUAGUGUUUGCUUGUAUUGAUGUGGGCCCACAACAUAUGGUGAAUUUGUGAGUCUCUGCCAUCCCUGUUUUUGCCCAUAUGUGAACUCUUUUUGGUUAUAUGGAAGUGUUUUCUUUGGAUUUGAAGACACAUUAUGCAUUUAAAUUCACGGAUGAUAAAGCAUGGACUAGGAUGUCUCACUGGACAAGGGGAAAAAGUGAGAUCUUCAGAAAUAAAUGAUAAUAGUCUGGCUGUGAGUCUGUGACCACCUAAUUUAAGUGCAUCCGGCUACUUUCAAAUA